UGGAUAUCGUGGAUGACCGUUUAGGCUACGUUUACCACCAAGAUUUUUCUGAUGAAUGUGAUCCCACAAACUGGAAUUUUUUGGCGGCCGUCGCCGGUUUCCAGGAGGACCUGGUUAGGAUGUCUCGGUUCUCAAAUACGUCCCGGCCAGCCUUUGACAAAAUGGCGCUUCCGGUAGAAUUGUGGCUGGAAGUUUUUUCCCACUUGGACACUGCGACGCAGGCGGGACUGCGAGUGGUAUGCGCAGCGUGGAAAAGGAUCAUGGAUGUACCAAUGCUGCGUUCCCGUAUCAUCAUCCGCAAAACACCAGUCUUGACCGAUCCCGAUUCGCCGAUUUCUCAUGUUUGGCGACGGUGUACAAACGCCUGCAGCCGGGCACGCAUCACAUUAUGAUGGCGCAGUCCCAGUACAGAUCCUGGCCGAUCACCGCGGAUAUGGUGCGUUUGUGUGGUAUGAUCCAUCAUAUGGCGCAGCACCACACCGGACUCCGUCUGGCCAGUCUGCGCCUGAGCCGUUUCGCUUUCGAGCUGCAGAUUGACUGCGGCGUCCAAAAUAUAAGCAGCGCCAGUGUAUCCGAAUGUCUCCUGCAUCGUUCGGGACCUGUAACGGUAAAAGCGGAUGUGGAGCCCGGUUUUUAUCGCCUGCAGGACUUUAUGGCUGUCUGCAGCAGUCUGCCUUGUAGCACUAUCUUCAUGGCGAACUGCGUUGUUCGCUUAGCAUGCUGCUGUUUUUUUCCUGGAUUCAUUGGUCGCGAACGGAGAAUUUGUGUUGAGAUCAGAAUUCCCACAGCGCGACUGCCAGUUCGUGCUGAUUUCCAGUGGGUAUUGUGGGAUGCACUGGAGGCCGUGAUGCUGCCACCGAGUGACGGAGAGCUACAGAAACUCUCAGCCCGUAUGAAAUCCUUAGAAAAAAACGAGUCCAAUCUCAAGAAAGUCGUCUGUGCGAUGCUGUGUGCGAUGCAGUCGGCUGAUCGGCGCCCGUCGACGCAUUAUCGCGGCAAAAAGUGGUGCGUGGACGGCCUGCACGGUUUGCAGCUGGAGAAACUGUCGAGUGUUACCCAGCAUUUCCUCCUGCAGCUACACAAGAUGGCGGCUCACUCGCUGUCGUUGGCCUGGUAAUGCUUCAUCAAGGAUCUG